GCGACGUAUGCUUAGCAGAUUAAAUAAGCAUUUUGUCGUGUACUGAGGUCGUAUUCGUUCCACUGCAGAUGUUUUAGUCUUGAGAUGAAAUACCGUUUGGCGAAAGUUAAAGAUCGACACUGCCCCAGGAACAACUACACAGAUUUUCAGCUCGUUGAAAGUCCAAGUUCGGCGCAUUCUAAUGAUUCGCCAAAGACAUGGAGGAAAAGACGUCGUCCCAUCGGACGAAUGAGACUGCAAUCCCAGCAAGCAUUGUCCCAGGAAUUUAGGAGAUGCACCAACGGAGAGCUUUUUGUACCGGCAACAGAUUCUGUAAUUCAGGGCCUCAGUGUAGACAUAGUUUGUGUAGAGUUAGAGCACGUCGAAGAGGACAGAGAUGAGGACACCAUAUGUCUAGAUGAUAGAGGAGAGCUAGAGACAGGCGGACAGCAGGAUCAAAGGACACCAGUUGAGCGAGACACUGACUCUGGUAUAGAUCAGUCGGAGACCAAAGAAAAGCAUACAACGGGGGAACUAGACGACUUCUUUGGAAGUAAUGAUGACCAGCAGAAGUGUGUUCAAGUUAAAGAGGAGACUGGUUCAAAACCAAAAUGUCAACCUGUUGAUUCUGAUUCAGACGACAGCGAUUUUGAAGCUGAUGUUUUAAAUCGAGAUGAAACUGAAAAAGAAUUGGAAAACUGCAGUUGCCCAAAACUCGAUGAUGAUGAAACACAACCAGCUAAAAAGCCUGAAGCAAAGGAAUCGCCGCCGGCUGGAAAGCCUGAUGUUAAGGAGACGCCGCCGGCUGAAAAGCCUGAAGCGAAGGACACACCACCAGCUAAAAAGCCUGAAGCAAAGGAAUCGCCACCGACUGGAAAGCCUGAAGUUAAAGAGACGCCGCCGGCUAAAAAGCCUGAAGCAAAGGACACACCAGCAGCUAAAAAUCCUGAAGUUAAGGACAUACCACCGGCUAAAAAUCCUGAAGCAAAGGAAACAGUUCCAGCUAAAACCCCUGAAGCAAAGGAGACACCAUCGGCUAAGAAGUCUGAAGCAAAGGAGACACCACUGGCUAAAAAGCCUGAAGCAAAGGGGACACCUCCGGCUGGAAAGCCUGAAGUAAAGGAGACACCGCCUGCUAAAAAACCUGAAGCAAAGGAGACAUCACCUACUAAAAAGUCUGAAGCAAAGGAGACAUCACUGGUUAAAAAGUCUGAAGUGAAAGGAACUCCAUCGCCGGCUAAAAAGACAAACAGCAAAGAAACUGAAAAACAAACGGAUAUCAAAGCCGUCAAGGCGAGGCCCCCAGCAAGGCACACUGUUUCUAUCCCAUCGCCUGAGAGAGAUAGUUCAACAGAGGAUGAAACUUCGACUGAGUUAAUUUCGACAAAAGAAAUAGCUGCUAAGGAGAAACCGUCUACCACAGAGGCUUCUUCUAAGAAAGCUUCCAUUGAUAAAAAUGUGACUGCAAAGUCUAUCACCAAGCAAGCAUCAUCUGAACAAGUCACCAGUGGCAAAGUUUCUAGUAAAGGUGCCCCUUCCGAAAAAGUGGCGACUGAAAAAGCUUCUAAAGACGAGGCAACUGCUAAAGUAGUGUCUGCCGAGAAAUCCGCGAGUAAAAAAGUAUCAGCCGAAAAAAUCGUUAAAGAGAAAGCUUUAUCUGAAAAAGAAACGAAUCAGAAAGACACUACCGAGAAAAUCUCUUCUCAGAAAACUGGGAAAAAAUCAACCGUGGAAGAACCUAGUAAAAAAGCUUCAGCUAAAAAGACUACGAAAGAGGAAUCCUCAGUUGAUAAACCGUCAACAGAAACCGCUCAGAAACCCCUAUCCGAAAAAAAACAAUCUAGUAAUUCAGAUGAAAUAGAUGAAAAAUCUGAAACAGAUAGCGUUAAAUCUAUAAUGAAAAUUAGUCCAGGAACUGAUAAAUCGGUUUCUUUCUCGAAAAAAUCCAAACCAUGAUGAUUCUUGGGAUUAAGAUUUUUACUUUUGUGACACUCAGUAAGUAUGAAUAUGAUCGAGUUUGAUUACGAUGUGUUGUUAACAAUUUAUUCCAGUGAUAUUAAUUCGAUAUUAUUCGAAAAAAGGCGAUACUUUUUAUCGCUUUAAAAAUAUCAUUUUGAUGAAAUUAAUUCUACCCAAGAGAAAUUGUUUUCUUCA